AUGGAUAUCAGCAAGGUGGCUGAGAAGCUCAGGUCAGAACUGACCUGUUCUAUUUGCUUGGAUCUCUUUGACUACGCAGUGACCCUUGACUGUGGACACAGCUUCUGCGAAGUGUGUGUCCUUCGGAGCUGGCUGCAGGCCCAUGUGCAUUGGACCUGCCCCCUGUGCAAGUCAAGCAGUCAGCCCAGAGUCUUAAAGCCCAACUGGCUCCUGAAGGACCUAGUCAGCUUCACUAGCAGGAGACUUCCUGGGCUGGGCGAGGAGGAUGGUCAGGCUAUCUGUGGUCAACACCAAGCCAUUCAGAAGCUGUUCUGUGAAGAUGAUCACACCCCACUCUGUGUCUCCUGCUUAACCUCCGCGCAACACGAAGCUCAUGGUGUGUAUCCCCUAAAAGAGUCUGCUGAGACCUGCAAGGGACAGCUGCAGGAAGCCAUUGGCUGUCUGUGGGCCAAGGUGAGACAGGCCCAAGUGUUGCUGGAGCAGGAGAAAAGGAGAUGGAGGAAGUGUGCAAUGGAGGCCCACACGCUGAGGUGGGUCAUCCUGCCAGAAUACAUUAAGACCCACCCUACCUGGAAAGAGGAGGAACAACAGGUUCUCCUGGAGGAGGAAAAGAGAAUCAAUGUGAGGAGAUUAGAGACCACCCAGGCCAGAAUCCACUGCUAUGUCCAAAGCCUCAAGAAGAUGACUGGGGAACUCAAGAAGACUUUGGAGAAACCAGUCAUGGAGAUGCUCCUGGAAUGGAGGAGCAGUAUGGAAAGGAGUCAGGAGCUGCUGCUGCGCUGUCCAGAGCCUGCUGCCCUAGGCUGGACUGUGUGCGGAACCACUGGAAUGAGGGAACUACUACUGGCCUUCCAAAGUCACAUCAGUAUGGAUCCAGAAACAGCCCAUUCCAAUCUCAUCUUCUCUGGAGAUCUGAAGAGCGUGAGCAUUGCCAGGCAGGGCAUACUGGCCAACCUUCAAGGAGAGGUUCUUUCCAUGCUGGGUGCUCAGAGCUUCACCUCAGGGAGUCAUUAUUGGGAGGUGGAGGAAGAGAACCAGACCGGCACUCUCACCAUCUGUCCACUGAUCCCUCAGUACUGA